AUGCACAACACCAGACAACCGCAAAGGAGAUUCGGAAUUUGGAUGCAAAUUCGGAAGACCACCAAAACACUCUGGAAGAUCAUGAAGCAUUCUGGAAGCCUAUCCGAAAUUCCAGAUGGCCUUCCAGAUGUGAAGAAGAAAGAUUUUCCCAAAGAUAAGAGGAGGGCAAUAAAGGCCAAUGUGAGCGAGAGUAAAAGUGAGUCCACCACAAGUGAGGACUCUUCUUCUCAAGAGGAUAAAGAGAAUUUUAAGGCUUUUGCUAGUUCAUACUCAUCUCCCCCUGGAGAAACUUCACAGAGUGAAGUUGAAGAGAGACCAAGUCCUACCACUGUGGUAAAGGACUUGGAAGAAGAACUCUUAAGUCCCACCAAGGAGGUGGCUGACUUGAACGUCGAGGUCUCUAUGAGUGAGGAUGAGACCGAGAGCAUUAAGGACCUCCAAGAUGCAUAUAAUCAAUUAUAUGAAAAAUGCUUUAAACAAAGGAAAAUGAUACUUUUGUUGAGCAUGAGGCUCAAAACAAGUGAAGAUGAUAAGAAAGCACUCCAUGUGGACUUGGUGAAGUCCAAAGCUCAUGUUUAUGGGCCUAAGGAAUAUAAAAAGUCCUUCAAAGACAAGCUGAGCUUAGUUGAAAGUUAG